GAACGUAUCCCAAACAUCCGUCCUACACGAAGGAAUUAGUUUUGUCGUCUACACGAACUUCUAGACCGUUUGAGUAUUGGGUAUAAUUUGCAUUCACACGACAUCUACAGCCUAUAUAUAUCUGGGGUCUGCUACCAAAAAAUCUGACUGCCAUGAUCCUUUCCACCUACCAGCUUUUCAGGUCGUCGGUGUCGUCAGCGUGGGAUUUUGCACUCACGCUAUUGGGGUUCUUUCGUAAGUUUGUGGAGACGGUGCUGAAUGGAGUGGUGGACACAUUUGACACGAUUGUAUACUAUGCCAUGAACUCGGUAAUGAUCAUUUUGCUGUUCUUUGAGUUGAUUUUUGAGGUGUAUGAGGCGGUUGAUACUAAUGUAAACUUGAUACUAUCGGGGUAUAGGAACGGGUUUUUUAAGAAUAUAAAUUAGUGGUAAUUGGCAUCCUUGAAAUCUCCUCUCCUGGUCAUCUCCAAUGGAAGCCAUUCCAGUGGGUUUUCCUGAUAUUCUCCGGUGAUGAUACAUCCGAAGUAUGUAUCAUAUCCCAAGUAUGUAUCCUGGCGUCUGCCUUCGAUCAACGGCUACCAUGCAGAGGACGGGGUGCAAGAGGGGCAAUGGCCGGUCGCUUUAGCUGCAGAUGCAGGCAUCUCGCGCAUGUGAAAUUUGCCCAUGGCUGCAAACAAGUCUAGACUUGAUUAUUUAUUAUUUAGAGUACGUAUAACUAUUAAAUAGCAACCGUAUUUGGAACAAGUA